GCUAAGUAAUUCGACCCUCAAACCCGGAUGUAACCAACGCCUAACCUGUCUGAAGAAAACGAUGCAGACUAUAAAAUGUGUAGUGGUAGGAGACGGUGCAGUAGGAAAGACCUGCUUACUAAUCUCCUACACAACCAACAAGUUCCCCUCAGAAUAUGUGCCUACGGUUUUUGACAAUUAUGCAGUGACAGUGAUGAUCGGGGGAGAGCCCUACACACUCGGCCUUUUUGACACAGCCGGUCAGGAGGAUUAUGACAGGCUGCGUCCUCUCAGCUAUCCACAGACAGACGUGUUCCUCGUGUGUUUUUCUGUCGUCUCCCCCUCAUCUUUUGAAAACGUCAAAGAGAAGUGGGUUCCUGAGAUUUCACACCACUGCCCACGCACACCCUUCCUGUUAGUGGGCACACAAGUGGACCUGCGGGAAGACAGCAACACGGUGGAGAAGCUGGCAAAGAACAAACAGCGCCCCCUAUAUCCCGAGAGUGGAGAGAAACUGGCGCGUGAGCUCAAGGCUGUCAAAUAUGUGGAGUGCUCUGCUCUGACACAGCGAGGGCUUAAGAAUGUGUUCGACGAGGCCAUCCUGGCAGCCUUGGAGCCCCCAGAGACCAAAGCCAAGAGAAAGUGCGUUCUGCUAUAGAUGAACAACAACAUUGAGAGACGUAACAGUGUAAGAAAUAAGUGGGGUGAAUCAAAACAUUAGAGAGAGAUCAACGGCCCUCAUGAAAAAAAGGACAAAUCAAAAGGGGAAGGGAGGUACAAUGGCAUUGAGACUUAUUCUAAUACACGUGUACACUGAUUGUGCCUUCAAAAUAAACUUUUAAUGAGGCUGAGGCAGCAAAACUUCAGCAUGCAGUAAAAGUAGUAAGCGUCACCUAUCUCCUUUUCUGAAAGCUUUUAAAAAUUGCAGUGUUCUCUCUCUUCAAAUAUUCAGGUGGGGCGGGCCCCCCCUGCCUGUCACUGUUGCUCCAUUUUUAUUUUUUUUUUAAAAGAAAGAUUCGUUUAUAUAGUUGCCUUUGGCCUCCUCUGUGUUUUACUUCUUGCGCUCAACUGGGGCUUUUAAACCCAGUGUAGGGAAAUAUACACAGGGAAAUACUUCAGUUACAUUUAACAUUAAGUUUUUAGUGAACUUUGGUUAGUACAUUUAAAGGGGCAACUUAAUGUUAAGUGUUGCUCUGCUUUCUUUCCGAUCCUUUUGGAUUGAAUAAUGAAAGCACAAGAGAUUUAUUGUCACUCCAAACAAAGGUAGCUGUCUGAUAUGAUUCCUUUCUUCCAACUCCCAGUUACUUUUCUGGGAGGCCAAGUGCAUUUUUCACCAAUUUCCCUUCUUGAGGUGACUGAUGAAUUUUUAUUUUAUUCUCCUUUUGUGUAUAUUGUAUUAAUUCUGUGACUCUGUUUUGGGAAAUUUUUAGCAGUUAUUCAUUUUGAAACUUGACUUUUUAUUUUAUCCAGAUUUUUUUAUUAUUGCUAGACUACCAACUUUGAGUGAUUGAUAAUAUAACAAAUUAAGUUGUAAUAUUUUCAAUAUAUCUUAAUCUUGAUAGAGAUUGAGAUGAUAACCUUUACUAGUAAAUUUCUGGGUGUUUGUAAUCGCAGGAUAUUUUUAAUAAAAAUGGUUUAAUGACAUGGAGUAGCCACUGUUUUGUAUGUUUGAGGGAAUGCUGCCUGCACAACAAAUCAUAAGAUAGAACAUUAUAGCAGGAGUAAAGAUGUUGUUCAUACCUCCCAAAUCUUAACAAUUUGUUGUGCAGACCUGCACGUCAAGCACACUGAUUAGUCCAACUCCUUUGGGAAGGGGGGGUUUGAAACAGAAAAGAAAAAACAGAAAUGUAACACAAAAAUCUGUACAAAUAUAAAAGAAAUAGCCUCAUGAACGUCUCUUGAGCUACCGUUGGAAAAGUAAUCUCCAGCCUUAAAACAGGGACCCACUUAUUAAAAACAUAGCUCCUAGUGCCUCUAGUGGUCAAAAACUCCACAGGGUAACUUUUAAUUUUAAAGCUAACCCAUGCCCCUUAGUCAUGAAUUUCAAGUGAGACAAUAUCU